GCAGGACGAGGCUUCUCGGUUCCUUGUUAUCCUCACACUCGCCUCCCCCUGUCUGCCUCUGCCGCCGGGUGCCCGCAGCUGCCCUGCCCUGUACUUCUGUGCAACAGAACGGAGAGCAGCAGCCCGCGGAGGUCCACUCGGAGCUGAGCACAGAGCUAGAGACCCUGUCCUCCUCCCAGCCGUGCAGGCGCAGACAGAGCCCUGGGCUGAAUAGUCAUGACAGCUGAAAAGACUAUUCCCAUAAUUAAUGGCAAGCCAGAAGAUGUUUUGGACCCAGAAGCCUCAAGUACCAACCUCGUCCACAGCAACGAUAAGAAAGUUCAUGAAAGAGGUCACUGGAACAAUAAGAUUGAAUUUGUGCUUUCUGUGGCAGGGGAGAUUAUUGGGCUGGGAAACGUAUGGAGAUUCCCAUAUCUUUGCUACAAGAAUGGAGGAGGUGCUUUCCUCAUCCCCUAUGUGGUUUUCUUUAUUUGCUGUGGAAUACCAGUAUUUUUCCUGGAAACGGCCUUGGGACAGUUUACUAGCGAAGGUGGGAUUACAUGCUGGAGGAAAGUUUGCCCUCUAUUUGAAGGCAUUGGAUAUGCUACCCAAGUUAUAGAGGCACAUUUAAAUGUAUAUUACAUCAUCAUUUUAGCAUGGGCUAUCUUCUAUCUGUUUAACUGCUUUACUACAGAGCUUCCUUGGGCUACCUGUGGGCAUGAAUGGAAUACAGAAAACUGUGUGGAAUUUCAAAAACUUAAUAUGAGCAACUGCAGUCAAGUCUCUUUACAAAAUGCCACUUCUCCAGUCAUGGAAUUCUGGGAACGCAGGGUGCUAGCUAUAUCUGAUGGAAUUGAACAUAUUGGGAAUCUUCGCUGGGAACUCGCAUUAUGCCUUCUUGCUGCUUGGACUAUUUGCUAUUUUUGCAUUUGGAAAGGAACCAAGUCAACUGGAAAGGUUGUAUAUGUAACAGCCACAUUCCCCUAUAUCAUGCUGAUGAUUCUUCUGAUUCGUGGAGUGACAUUGCCAGGUGCUUCUGAGGGGAUAAAAUUCUACUUGUACCCUGACCUUUCCCGAUUGUCUGACCCUCAGGUGUGGGUGGAUGCUGGUACACAGAUAUUUUUCUCUUAUGCGAUCUGCUUGGGGUGCUUGACAGCCCUGGGAAGUUACAAUAACUAUAACAAUAACUGCUACAGAGACUGCAUCAUGCUCUGCUGCUUGAACAGUGGCACAAGCUUUGUUGCUGGUUUUGCUAUCUUCUCAGUUCUUGGAUUUAUGGCUUAUGAACAAGGAGUGCCCAUUGCCGAAGUAGCAGAAUCAGGACCAGGACUUGCAUUCAUUGCUUACCCUAAAGCUGUUACCAUGAUGCCUCUUUCUCCUCUGUGGGCAGCUCUGUUCUUCAUGAUGCUCAUAUUCCUUGGAUUAGAUAGUCAGUUUGUGUGUGUCGAAAGCCUUGUGACAGCUGUUGUAGAUAUGUACCCAAAGAUUUUCCGAAGGGGCUAUAGAAGAGAACUGUUGAUUCUCGGCCUUUCCGUUGUGUCAUACUUCAUUGGCCUCGUAAUGUUAACUGAGGGUGGGAUGUACGUCUUUCAGUUAUUUGACUCUUACGCAGCUAGUGGCAUGUGCCUUCUUUUUGUUGCCAUAUUUGAAUGUGUCUGCAUAGGCUGGGUUUAUGGUAGCAAUCGCUUUUAUGAUAACAUUGAAGAUAUGAUUGGGUACAAACCACUGUCAUUGAUUAAAUGGUGCUGGAUGGUCUUAACUCCAGGUAUUUGCGCAGGAAUCUUCAUCUUUUUCCUGGUAAAAUAUAAACCUUUGAAAUAUAACAACGUAUAUACAUACCCUGGCUGGGGCUAUGGCAUAGGGUGGAUGAUGGCUCUCUCCUCCAUGAUCUGUAUCCCUUUGUGGAUCUGCAUUAAGCUGUGGAAGGCCGAAGGCACUUUUUUAGAGAAAUUCAGGAAGUUGAUUAUACCUAGCUCAGAUCUGAAAAUGAGAGGGAAACUUGGAGGAGGAGCCUACAUUGCAGCAAUAAAUGACUGCGACAGCAAACUGAAAGGAGAUGGCACCAUUUCAGCCAUUACAGAAAAGGAGACACAUUUCUGAAAGAACUAUCUUUUUGGCUUUUUUUGUAUAAAUGAAUAAAUAAAUAAAUUCACUUAAUUAUAGAGGCUGGCUUGUUUUGCACAAAAUUUUAUUAACCAGUUAGUUUUGAAGUGAACAUUGUAUAGUUGUUUAAAAGUGAUUUUUUAAAUUACUAUAUAAGUAAUGAUUAUGUAAAAGAAAAAGAAAUAGUAUUGUGUGGUAUGUUAGUGUUGACUUCUUGUAAUAUGGUGAUUUCAGUAAAUGUUUUUUUAGAAGUUAGAGGGACCUGUAUAAUGUGCUGUAAAACUUUUUUUUUGGCAGGUAUGAUGUUGUAUAGAUAUAUGCAUUUUAAUCUGUAAGCAUUUCAGACCAUUUCAGCUUCUAACGUAUGUAUAUAAAGGGGACCAGAAUAUCCUUUUGUUUAUAUUGGAAGAUAUCGUGGGGGGAGAGAGGGGAUCCUUGUAAUUGCCGUUACGUAUCACUGUCUGAAUGUGGGCUGUAUCCAAAGUCCACUGAAAUCAAUGGGAGCUUUUCCUAUUUGGGAUAGUAGCUUUUGCAUCGGGCUGUGUGUGAUUCAGCCUUUCACCUCGGCUAGGGCAGCUGCAAGACUGAGCUUUACACCUAAUAAAGCUCUUUUUUUCAGGGCAAGUUUUGUGAAGCUGGCAUAAGUACCACCUCAACUGAUACUGUUGCCUUCCCUCUACCCUCCAUCUGCUUCCAACAGGUCUAAAAAUGUGGUGGAAUGGGCCCGCUUCUGAGUCACUGUUUUUCUGGAGAUGGGAUUGAGAGUUUUUUUUUUAAGAGCUGCGAAUUUUACGGUUCUUGUAAGUUACUGGUCUCUAAGUUCGCGUGUACUGCUGCAAGACACCUCUGAAGCUUUUUCAUCUCCUUUGGUCUCUGGGUGGCCAGUGCUUCAUUUUGAUUUACUUUUCCCAUCCCCUAAAGUGAAAUGUAUUUGUCUACGCUAGUGCAGCAGGAGGAGAUGGAGAUCACUUUAUGCACAUGGAGAUGUUUUGAGGAAAAAAAGAACAGAUUUAGAGCUAUGCAAAUACCUUGGCCUGUCUGUCUCUUUUGUUGCCUGUUUUCCAGCCUGUCUACCUGUUUAUCUAUUCACUCCCUUUGAAAGAAAUCAAGGAUCUUGUAAUGACCAGGUAUAGCACUAAUACAGUUUUUUCCAUCUCCGAGGUACUUUCUAGAUGCUCUCAGAUUAGUUCUUCUGCCCUAAAUGGUAUACAGACUUGCACCGAAGGCAGAAUAGUUUAUUUAGUGGAAGACCAGAGUAGUAGGUCCUUAAACUCUACAAGAUUUCCAGGGAAUAAACUCUGUAUUGUGCAGAUGAAGGAAUUAAGACAAGGAUGUGAUUUUACUGUUUCUACAAAGGGAGCAGUAUUGGUUUGUGAUAUCAUACUUAUUUAUUCCAUCCGUUGUAUAAACUGACUCCCUCUGAUUUAAAACAGAUUUUGGUAUGUGAAUGCAACUGAUGGAAGGUCAGGACCAUGAGGUAUCCAAAUGCUAGUUCCAGCAUCAAAAUCUCUCAGCUAUCACUUGCUGUCUUUUCUUCUGCCAAUAUCACAAGCAUUAUGUUAUUUGUACUGGACAGCUAAUUUUUUUUGGUCUUCCAUCUCCCAUCCUCUUCUCAAACUGUGAUGGCAUGUUUUUUAUUUAAUAGCUAUAUGAAAAGCCUGUGGAGGAAUACUGUACUGUAUUACACAUUAUUUCAUGAGGAGAGAGAAACAACAGCAUAAGAGAGCUCAGAAGCAAUGUCAUAACAUCCCCUCCCCUAUCUGCAAGGAUGAAUUCAAAAUCACCUCAAAUACCAGCAUCUGGAGUUACUAGAAACAGAAGUGUUACAUGUCCUGCUGGCCCUCUACAGAGGAAUAAAGUUGACCAGAAGUCACAAAGUAUAUCUUAAUACUACAUAGAACUGUUUAUGUAGUCAGCAUUUCAUCGUGAUUUUAUGGUAUCAUAAUUACCUCCUAUAAAAACAUCUUCAAUAGAGUCAUUUGUUUUCAAGUUACGUUCUUCAAUCUAAGUAAUAUAUUUCAUUUUACUUAUUUAUAUUUUUGGUGUGGGAGAGGGAAAUCCAAGAGAGAAAAUUUCUCUACCACACUUUUAUUUCAAGUGUUUUAAAUGCUGCUUGACUUUGAAUGUCUGCAUCAUUAUGUACUUAGGACAAUUUGAAGGGUCCUGGCUUUACAAAGGUGCAGAGCUGCCCUGCUGUCAGUGCUGGGUCGCUCGAAGGGAGUCUCCAGCUUGGCACCCAGAACUGGAGGUUACUGCUGAAAAUCACAAUCACACUGGAAUGCAACACUUUUGGAAAAGAAAUAUUCCUGGAAUGGGAACUGCAGAUUGAGGUAACUAUACAGUGAAGCAACUACAAUCUACAUACUGACAUUGACAAAAGGCCAACUCCAGAGUUGAGAAAUCAACAUUUUUUUGAAUUUCCAGUGAUUCAUUUAGUAUAUGUGAAAUGCAGUGUCCCUUUUCAGUCUUUCUCUCCACCUAGCGAAGUUGCAGGACUAAGCCCCAAAGCCUACAGACCACAUACGGGCUUUGGGAUGGAGUCUUUUUCCUCCCCAGGUUAGCCUCUACACAUUUUCUAGGGAAUGAAGGAUGUGCAAACGUAGAUGAACUGUUGGGUUACACUUGGCCCUUAGCCUUCAUUACAAUGAAGUUAUCUUCAGGAAUAUCCUCCUGAAUGCUUAUAGCAGAAUGUGCCAAUAGGUGCAGCCCAUACCACCUCAACUGGCCGCCCAAUAGGAACAAAAUACCAGACAAGGUCACCCUUUAAACCCUAACACUCAUUGCUGUAGCAUUUAAAAAAAAAAAAAAAAAAGGUGGUGCCAUUUUAGCUUAUCAAUGUACUUUGGACUGUUGUACUCAUCCAGAUAUCUCCACAGAAACUAUGUACUUUGUAUGGAACAUGCUUCCUAUUCUGCUGCUAUGAACCAUUUCACCAGUAGCUUUAUACACAUACAUAAGUUUGGCAUGGUCUAAAGCAUUAUACCAUGUUACUAAUGUGCUGUGCUUGUAAAUGUGUACAUUUAAUAUAUGCCUUUAACGCUUCACUGAUUUUUUAAAAAUAUUUUUCUUUUUGUGGGGAGGGAUGUGGGAGGGCAAAUUUCGUAAUAGUAUUUGUGAAUUUUUUUUUUUUUUUGCAACAAUGUGAAGGGGAAAAAAUGUGAAAAACAACUAUAUCAUUGUGAUUUUUUUUACACGAUAGAAACAAUAUUGCCCUUUUCUGAAGUACCUGCAGUACUAUUAUAAAACAAUAAAAAUGAACAACCACUAAGAUUUACGUAACAUUUUGCACAAAGAAAGAUUCUGAGUUGAGUUUUGAAGGGCACAAGAUUUUGUCUGCUUACUCAUUUUUAAAAAUUAAAAGAA